CUCACGGAUGAUUUCGAAGCGCAGGGCAGCUUCCAUAAAAAGCUCAGUGACCUCUGAUCGUAAAUUGCCGUUUUGGUGCAAACACUUCGUAUGAAGGGACGACCCUAUCGCGUAACCCCUAUCGAUCUGGGUCGUCCAAUCCUCCUUAUCCAAAGUUGCUGGUAAGCGAAUCUGUCAGGUAUGAAUUAUCCACAUUACUACCAGGGCGGGAACGCUCCCGUGGGUGGUCCCAUGACGCAGCAGCCGAUGUACACUCCCGAGUACGGAGUCGCCAACAGCGGCAUAUCCAAAGGCUUCUUUGAGCCACGGGGGAGGAAGAGGAUGAACAUCGUCUCCAUCGGCAUGUCUCUCUUCCUUCCAUGGGCGCUUUUCUCUGUGGUCUUCGGGGUGAUGUCUUUCUCCUUGCACUACCAGCAACCGAUGCUUGCCUACUUGAUCGUUUGCCUCUGCUUCGGGAUGGUCAUCUGGAGUGGCUUCUACGCCGCUGGCGAAACGAGAAAGAAAAUGGCUGGAGCAGGCAAGGAGCCGACUUGGUAUAUCUUCCUAUUCCUCGCGUUGCUCCUCGCAUGGGUCUGUGGCUUUGUUUUUGGGGAUGUCAAUUUCUUCACGAACUUGCAGCCCUUCUAUGAUGUCACGAACCUGAACACGUACACGCGGAUCGAUCCGUCCAGAUUCAGGGGACAGCAGCUUAUGGAUGCUGGUCGCGUGGUCUUCACUGCCGACUCUAAGCUCGACCUCCGGCGCUCCAUGGGCUUCAAAAAUCUGGACAUGUACUGCGUGGCGCCCAUCACUAUUGGGGACGACAACGCAACAUACAAGGCACUCGAGACGUAUGACUUCUGGGCCGUUGGCACGGGCUGCUGUUCGGGAAACAGUGCGGAUUUCCAUUGCGGUGAUUUCAACAAACCCACGGCGCACGCGGGCCUGCGGCUGAUGAACGACGGCCAGCGUGCGUUCUUCAGGCUGGCAGUGCAGCAGGCCGAGGCCGCAUACAAUAUCAAGGCUGUGCACCCGCUCUUCUUCUACUGGAUGCAGGACCCAAUCGACGAGGUGAAUGCGUACCAGGAUGAGGGUUUCAAGUAUUACCUCCUGGGGGUGUUCUCGUACUUCGCCCUGCAGCUGUUCCUGGUAGUAUGCGCGGCCAUCGCCUUCUCCAAGCUGGGCAGCCUUUGAAAUGGCGGGGCGUGGAGCGCACGUUGGUCUGUGCCUUGUGCAUGGCUCCUCCUCCUGCCUGCUCUCGGACCCCUCUGUACUGUCUGUGCUGCCGUCGGAGAAAAC